GGAGUCUCAUUGGCCUCGUAACGUUAGCCUUUCAGGUUUAACAACAAUGGAGCCUCUGGAAUGAUUUCACUGCGGUCAGGCCUUCGGUAGGUUAUGUAGCGGAAGUGUGAAGUGACCGAAACUACGAACAUCUGAGCUGUUUCACAUGAAUAUGAGUUUUACGUUAACGUAAAGAGAUUUGAAAUGGAGGAAGAGGAGCAGCUGCGGUCGUUCCUGUUCGUCAUGACAUACAUGCUGCUGAAGAGGAGGAGAGACAUCAACACCGCAAACACACACAGACGGAAUGAGAUCCACAGACGCAUCCGACACCGACAGUACUUCUUCCAGAGACAGAGGAGGAUGCUCAUGAUGAUGAUAGCAGGAGGAAUCCGCUCCAAUGUGCGCAUCCGCACUCGUCCCUGGACCACCACUCAAAGCACUGAUUGGUGGGAGCGGGUGGUGAUGACAGAGUUCCAGCCUUCUGAUUGGCUGGAUAAAUUCCGUAUGAGCAGGGACACGUUCUUCUACCUCUGUGACAAACUGCGGCCUCGUCUGGCUCGUCAGGACACCAGCUUCCGCCUGGCCCUGCCCGUGGAGAAACGAGUCGCUGUGGCGUUGUGGCGUCUGGCGUCAAACAUCGAAUACCGCACCAUCAGCUCGCUGUUCGGAGUGGGGAAGUCCACAGUGUGCAGGUGUGUCAGAGACAUGUGUCACGCCAUCGUGGCACUACUCAGCUCGGUGUACCUGCGCUCCCCUUCUGAGCAGGAGCUGGAGGACUCGGCUCAUCUGUUCCUGUCCCACUGGGGUUUCCCCCACUGUGUUGCUGCCAUAGCAACACUCCACACAGCCAUCAUCACACCAUCCAACAAUGCGUCUGACUAUGCCAACCCUGCAGGAUGGCUGUCAGUGGUCUCUCAGGUGGCUGUGAGUGGGCGUGGACAGUUCUGGGACGUAUGUGCCAGUUUUCCAGGUGGGACCGAGCCUGCUGACAUCUUACAGAACUCUUCGCUCUGGGCUUCAGCGGCAGAGGGUGGGCUGUCACCCAACCCCACCCCGACAUUUAUGGGAAAACCCCUCAGGUACGUCCUGGUGGGGGAGGCGUGCUACCCAGUGCAGAGCUGGCUCAUGAAGGCCUUUCCUGAAGAGAAGGGCCGCAGAGCGACUCACACGGCGCUGACGGAGCGACAGAGACUGUUCAACCGGAGCCUGAGCCGAGCGCUGCGAGUGUGUGACGAGGCUCUGCUGAGGCUCAGGGCGCGAUGGCAGUGUCUGAGCAAGAGGAACGACUGCGGCCUGGACGUGGUGCCCACCAUGAUCCUGGCCUGCUGCAUCCUGCACAACAUGUGCGAGUCCCACGGAGACGCCUUCAAGGCGGAGUGGCAGGCGGAGGUGUCCGAGACAGAGAGCCCUCAGCCCAACCACAAACAUCUGCUCUCCACCAGCCUGGACCAGAGCCAAGCUGAGGAGGUCCGACACCUCUUCUGUGACUACUUUGAACAAAACGAGUAAAAAAAAUGGUAUUCUGUGGGUCAUGGAAACAUGUCAUGGGGACCUAAGUGAUGACCACUUACUGUAUUUUUUAAGGAGCACAUUCUGUGUGUUGUUAAACAGCUGAAGCUGUUAUUUGGAUUUUAUUACAGAAACAAGACAUGUUUCUGUUUUAAUGUAAAACGGAAAUUGGUGGACUCAUCAUCUGUACCUGUACAUGACUGGGGAGACACUAGUGUGUUGACCCGUGGGGAACCACGGGGUCUAGGUCCUGCACUUCAUCAUUGUGAAUUAAGGGUGGGUGAUACUGGGAAUUUUGGUAUUGAUCCGAUACUAAGUAAAUAGAGGACUAGUAUCACCAAUACCGAUACUGAUACUUUUUUACUUAUCAUGAAUAUCAUGAUCAUUGAAUAAUUUUGUGAUUUUGCCUUUAGUUAGUUGAUUAUGAACAUGAUAAAACACAGGGCAAUGAUUUUAGGCAAAUAAACAUGUUUUUUAAAUUAACUUACUACAA